UUUUCCCAGUCUGCUGCCGUGACAAUCCAACAAUUGUUGUAUCGUCGCUCGCCCCGGUAUCUUUUAAUAGCCGCUUACCGAGCCGGCCACUUCCUGUACGAAGUCUCCUCUCUAUCAUGGGACUCGGCUUGUGCUCUCAUCUCGUUCUCAUAGCUGUGCUUCUUGGUGGUACCUUCGCCGAAUACUAUGGCCCCUGUCUGCGAGAAUGGAACGACGAGCUCUUAUGGUCCUACGAGGUCCGGAGGUCUCCUAAAGCCGGAAGCGCCCAGGUAGCGGAAGCGGAGUAUGGACCAGCGCCGAUAGUGAUAAGUUGCAUAGACAUCGAGUCCAUGCUUCCGGAGGACAAUAUGACGGCGUGGUUAACAAGGGGCGGCGUGGGAAAAAACUUCGUCACCCUGAAAUUCGGCUCAAGAUAUGACCGAGGACUUCAUUACAGAGUUUCCGUCUACGGGAGCAAGGCUUUUAAAUGAAGAAGAAGGAGACUCGACAGUUCUCCGAGAGCGUUAUCUGCCCUUGACCAUGACAAGUGUUCACUUUCGAAAAGCACUUCUGGACUUUUGAUAACCUCUUUCCGAAUAUCGCCAAGAGGGCGAGACGCUUUCGUAACAGCUAUUAAGAAUACAUUGGAAAGUCGAUUAUUCAAAAUAAUGGAAGCAAAUAAUUCUCGAAGAUAGAAGGAACGAUGAUACUUCUAUCCCUUGGAUGGAGCUUCUAUCACUUUCAAUACUACAUAUUUUUAAUAAUGAAACAUACCAUGAAUGUUCUACAAUCAAAGUAUUAAAGUACGACUUACUUAUCUGAAAUCGUCGGCAUGAAUGGACGCGUUAAUUAAUAAUAAAACCAGGUUUAUAAUAAAUGCACCGAACUGUGCACGCGUUUGUAGCAAUCACUGAACAUUGUUCCUGCGAUUGAGCACAGCCUUAUCGUA